CUUACAUACACACACAAACGGCCGCGUCCCAUUUCCUACGUAUCACUGAGCGCCUGGUAGCGUGCGCUGAGACGCCACUUCUUUUGGGAAGUACGCGGACUAUUUGCAGACAACUUCGGAACAAAAUCUCUGUGGACACCCGCUCUCUGGAAUGGGCCUUUGGAGGCUUUUAAAAGACUACCAUUAUUGAAAUGCACGUUAGAUAGGAACGUGCUCCUGGGAAGUGCAGUCGUCGAUUUGUUAAAAUAUGUGUGUAUAUAUAUAUAUAUUUAUAAACACAAAACUGCGAUGCAUUGGAGUGUUUAGAUGAAGGGACGCGGAGGGAUCCGGACCCCAGCACUGAGGUCACGCUUCCGCCCAGUUUCUCUAUCUCUCUCUCUUACUGUGUUCACUGUCGAGUGUAAAAUGGAGAGUAAAAACGGUACUUACGUCGCCACUUUUUGCUGAGAGUAGACGCCACGCAAAAGAAGAAAACAACUUUUACAUGUUAAAAAAAAGAAACAAACUCCGAUAUCUGAAUAAUUCCCCACACCCACGAAGCGACCACCGCUAGCUAGCUAGCUACCUCCUAGACACACACACACACCACGCACACGCAAAAAUACACUUCGAGCUGCGGACAGAGGUUGCCGUGGGAACUGCUGCGAUUCGAAGUGCUACAAAUUUCUGCGAGUAUUUUUUUAAAAUAUUAUUUUUGCUAUUGUCUUUUUUCCCUUUUAUUUCCUCAAAACGCCGGCCGGAUUGUACAAGAAGCUGCUUCUAAAAGGCGACGUUGAGGAUGGUCACUCGGCAGUGCGGGGGAAGAAAGACGGAUCUCUGGAUUGUAUUUCGUGCUUGUGCAUUGGUUUAGGUUCUCCUGUCUUUUUUUCCUUCGGGGCGUACAAAAAAUAAAAAAAGAAGAGAGAAAGAACAAAAAUCCAGCAGCAGCAAAUACAAUUUGCUGGCGACGAGAUGGUUUUCUUUUCGCCGAUCCUUUUUUUCAAGUAAAACUGAUUGUUGUGUCGUGGGUAGAAAAAUGUUGAUCUCUGGGGUGAAUUUCCCGGCUGUGGCUGCAUCGUCGGUGCUACUCCAAGGACUCGGAUCCCGGUGAGAAAAGAUGAGCGAAGAGUCGGCAAAUCCUACCAACGAUGAUAGUUAUGCACGAGUGCGAGCAGUGGUGAUGACCCGAGAUGACUCUAGUGGUGGAUGGCUGCCGAUGGGAGGAGGUGGACUCAGUUGUGUAACAGUGUACAAAAUCAAACAUCAAGAUGAAAACGGCUGCGGUGAUUUUCUUAUUCAUGGAGAGAAACUUAAAGAUAAAUCAGUUGUUUUAGAAUGUAUUCUAAAGAAGGACUUGAUAUACAACAGGGUUAACCCAAUAUUUCACCACUGGAGAAUCGAUGAAAAGAAGUUUGGAUUAACCUUUCAGAGUCCUGCUGAUGCAAGAGCGUUUGAUCGUGGCAUCCGCAGAGCCAUUGAAGAUAUCAAGCAAGGCUGCCCUUCAUAUAGUGAACCAGAAGGUGAAGAAGAUGGGUCACAGGUUUCUCAAGAUAAAACUUCCACUUGCACACCAGUUAAAGAAUCCUUUUCUCGACACAACACUGUUGUGACCAAUGAACCUUUCAGAAGCUGCUACAUUAAAACUCAGCCACUUGACGACUUCAGUUCUCCAAGGAGAUUGUAUUUUCCUCCACCUCAUAACCAGGUACCAUUUAAACCAACACGACACGUUAGUUUUCAAGAUGAAGAUGAAAUUGUUCGAAUAAACCCACGGAAGGACGUUUUAAUCAGAGGUUACGAGGAUUAUCGACAUCCAAUUAUGUGGAAAAAUGACUUGGAUAGAGAUGACACAGAUUCCAAUAUUCAGUUUUCCAAACCAGACUCUAAAAAGUCUGAAUAUUUAUGUCCUUGUGGUGACGGACCAGAAUCCAACCCAAUGAAAGACUCCAAGAGUUUAGUGGUAUUCAAGAGCCAGCCUUCACCCUUGCCAAAAUCAAAAAAGUCCAGGCGAAGAAAGGAGGACGGGGAGCGUUCCCGUUGCAUAUAUUGCAGAGAAAUGUUUAACCAUGAGGACAACUCAAGAGGACAAUGCCAGGAUGCCCCUGACCCUAUUAAGAAAUGCAUUUAUCAAGUGAGCUGUAUGCUUUGUGCUGAAAGCAUGCUGUACCACUGCAUGUCAGACUCAGAAGGGGACUUCUCAGACCCCUGCUCAUGCGACGCAAGUGAUGACAAGUUCUGCCUCCGAUGGCUAGCACUUAUAGCUUUGUCUGUCAUUGCACCAUGUAUGUGUUGCUACCUUCCUCUGAGGGCAUGUCACCAUUGUGGUGAGAGCUGCAGAUGUUGUGGGGGGAAACACAAAGCAGCUGGAUGAAAUCAAUGCAUAGAAGGAAGUGAAGCUCACCAUCAUUUUUUUAUCUCUGGGCAGCAUCUAUCUUGGAUCGUUCAAGAUUUGUUUUGGCCAGCAGAGGAAGUUCUGCGUAAAGGAGCCAUACGAUAAGCUCAAUCAGAGGAAGCAGCAGAGAUUUCUAAUGUGGAGAUUACUAAUCAAGGCCAUCAGGCCUGACUUUAUUACAUAUGCAUAAUGUAAUUUAUUAAGAGGGUCUGUGUUUUUGUUUUGUUUAGACUUUUGGUACAGAAAGCACUUUGAAUUGUGCUUUCUUGUGUAAGAAAAGAGAGUAAACUAUAUGAUUGUGCUAAAAGGGAUAUUUGUGCAUUUUCUGCAGUCAGGUAACAAGACUCUGCAUUUUUAGAGUAUCUACUGACAAAGUACUUACUAGAUGAAUAUUUUGCAAAAUAACAAUCGAUUGAAGUUUGUUUCUGAAGGAAAUGCUGGUUCUCUUUAAUUGGUAUCAGAGUGCAACUUCUUUUCUUGUUUAGCAGUGAUAAGAUUCAGUCUUUAGUGGACGUUUUGUAUUUUUAACCUGUACAAAGAAUCAUGCCAUAAAAAUGAAGAAUAGCGGUACACAUUAAAUCACUUUCCACUGUUAGAGUGAGAUGCAUUCACUCAGGUCCUUUGGCUGGUUUUGACAAGUUUCAAAUGUACCAUUGUGUUCAACAUGUUUAAUUCCACGUGUAGUGCAUAUUACUCCUUCUUUUUAGCAAGCUUUGAAGUGAAAAUGGUCACUCAAUAUUGAUAGUUAUGUAUUUUGAGCUACAAAGACACUGAUGUUUUUGUAAACCGGCGACCAAUAACUUGUUCAAGCAAUUAAGAUGUCAUGCUUAACCAUGUUUUUAUUUACUGAAAGUAUGCAUUUGUAUUUAACAAAAAAGUAAGGCAUACGUUACCUUUAGUUCGACCUGAACGUCCCCUGUACCUACACUGGCUAAGUUUGAUGGAAGCUUUUUUGUUUACGUACACGUGCGUUUCUCUUGUGAGUACUAAAUUCCAGUCCUUUUAACUUAAUGAUUAAAGUAAACGUUGCCAUAGAUACCCGGAUUCCUUGUGUUUAAAAAAAAAA